AUGGGCUCUCGUGUGUUUCAGUUCGUUUUGUGCAACGAGACUAGCAUAGUGAUUCACCGUCAUUCUCACAGCAUAAAGCACGGUUCGUGGAAUACGUGGCUGCCCGAGCGCGUUUUUGGCGGUUCGGAGGCUACGAUAUCCUGCUCUUUCAGCCGCGCGUUCAGUGGCGUGUGCUUGACUCUGAACUACGGUGCGAUUCUGAAUCGUGAGCGCUAUCUGCUGCAUAUAAAGCUGGAACGUGUUGGCGGCGAUGAGGUGUUGUCUGCGGUUUUCGCGCCCGAGGGCGAGUGCAGGCAGUCUCCGCGGAGCAUGUCCGCUAGGCUGGACAGCACGUGCCCCGUGAUCUUCAAGGUCCACCACGAGAUUUUGGACUGCGGCAGCGGCGGCCGUUUCAACAAGACGUUCCGCGUCCGCGUUCAGGAGACUGCGGACGGCAGUUUAUACAUAAAGGGUCUGAAGGAAUGCAUCGAGGAGCUCGUGCUGCGUCGGGAUGACGGCUUGAAAUGCCAGGUUGCCCAAGGCGGCAUCGAGGCUUUCCAGGUGUACGAGUCGCUGCCGGACGACUUCACGUGGUCAUGGAGCACCUCGUCGUGGCUGCACCGUCUGAGGAAGUCCAACCGGUCAAUUCUGAUCCGCAUCGUGAAUUUAUCGGGGAAGCAUAUGAAGCUGCUGCUCGGCGACGGCGGCACCGCGCUCGACGACGGCCACUGGGUGGAGUACCCCGCCGAGGACCUGCCUCACCUGUGCUGCACCGAGUUCGGCGUGCGCAGCACCGGUUUCUUCGGCGGCACCGGCGGCAAGUGCGUGUACAAUAUUCUGGGCGAGAGCGGCACGCUGAACUUCAGCUGGGAGCAGCCGUCCAUAGGCUCCAUGGUGGCCAGCGGUGUGCACUCCAAGGGCAAGUACUCUAUCGCAAAGCACUUCGAGCCGUUCAACGAGGCGACGUUAACGUACCACAUCUAUGAUGUGGUCCCUCCCGCCAUUGACCUGUGGGCUGCGAAGGCCAUAUCGCCGAACGUGCCCAGCAAAAUGCUGGACGUGAUGUCACUGCCCGUCGACCCCCGGGGGUACCACACCUUUGACCACAUCACGGCAUCGCAGCCCGCCACCAAUUCCAAGUUCGAGCAUCCCCCCAUAUCGGUGACCAACGUGCUGCACCUGCUGCUGAGGUACCACGAGCACGGCUGCGACAAUGCCGGAGACGGCGUCGGCUUCCGCACUGAGAGCAUCGGCGGCACCGAGGGCGACGAGACCGCGAACAUGGGCGGUUGCAUUGGGACGGACCUGUUUCUGAAGAGCCCCAGGCACUUCUUCAACUCUGCGAUUUUGGGCAAGCGUCGGGACAUGCCCACCGUCUCGGCCAACUGCCUACUGUACCUCGAUUGGGGAAUCGGCAACGAGCGUUUCUGCAAGAUCUUCCAGCCGGACGAGCGCAUCCACCUGCGCAGCUCGAUCCCGGGCGGCAUAAAAAGCAAGAAGCUGCUGUUCCAGUCCCGGAUGAUGUACUUCCGCUGUGACCGCCCCGAGGUUUUCCGCGACGCGUCCGACGCCGGCACGGUGUCGUCGGCCCGUGACCGCCGCGCUCGGCCGUUUUUGCAGUCGCUAUCGCAAACUGAGCUGAUGGAGUACGUGCUGACGAUCUUCCACUCGCUGUGCGAGGGGCUGCAGCCGUACGUGACUAAGCACAUGGUGCGGAAGUACGGCGCCAACUGGAUCGACGACGUGCGCAUGCCUGUGGGCCACGUGUGGCGGUCUGAGGACCAGGUGCGCAUCGACAUCGAGGGCAUGGUCUACAUUAUCACGGCGUACUGGAUGGAGAUGUUCGAGGACCUGUUCGAGGGCAACUCCGGCACCUUGCACAUUAUACAGACCGCCGCCAUAUACUGGGCGAACCAGGAGCUGCACAGGUUCGACUCCGACUACGUGUGGGACAUGUUGAAGGCGACCGAGCGGCUGCUUCACCGUCUGCGCGCCGACGGGCCGCUGAGCCACAUAGAAUUCAUAUCUCACAAAAUGAUAGCUGGCGUGCAGUUGUUUUUGCAGCGUAUCUUCGCUGCGAAGGACGACGUAGUGGACGGGCUCGUGCGCGGCAUAUCGCGCGGCACUGGUCACGACUACGGUGGCAAGAACGGCUUCGUGCAGGAAGCCAACCGCGCGCUUGCGGACAUAGGCUACAUGUUGGUGCGCGUCGUCUUUAACGGGAGCCCGUACUAUGUGCUGAAAGACCUGGAAUCCACGUCGUACGGCGGAGCGCCUGGCGGUCCUUCCACCGACAACGAGGGUGACAUGAGCCCAUCGCAUUCCUCGCAGACAACCACGGGUCGCCAGCCCGAUUCCGUUCGCGCGUUUGACUGCAAAUUCACAUCUGGCGAGGUCUCCGUUUACAUGGAUGCGAUGUCUCACAUCGUCCGGGAGAGUGGGUGCCCGGCUUCCACUUCGACAUCAGUUGCUGCAGGAACGCCCCUACCAAUGGCGGACCCGUCCGCGGGCGCAACGUCGUGGAAGUCGCUGUGCUCGCGGCAUGCCAUCAGCGACAGCGCUGCUCAGCAGGCUCUCGCCGAUCGGUUCAAGCGAGACGGCUGGCUGGUUGUGGACCCGGCCCACGCCGCGCUGAUGCCCGGAGUCCGGUUUCAUGUGGAGUUUUUGGAAAAUUAUGACCUUUCGGGUCACCCCGACUGUGUGUUUUGCGGCGGCAAGAUCAUUUGCAUGGUAAGCGGUGACAACAACCGCUAG